AUCCUAAUCCCUUGCACGGACCCCAUAUUUAAUAGCUAUUCAGACAAAAGUACAAAAACCUAUGCAAUCAACAACACUUGUACAACGAUCCCACAAUCGCGGCAUUAUAUUAUUUGGCACCCAUGUGUUGACCUUCUCUUCAUCCUUAUCCACUUUUGUUCCUCCCAUUUUCACUCCCAAUUUUCAUAUUUCCCCACUCUCAGCCAUUAAGUACUUGAAAUACCAAAAACUACCUCACAAACAUCAAACCUAUACAAUUAAUCCUUUUUAUAGGAAACUAUUGGAGAUAUUUUAGCACCAAACAUUUUCUAUUUAUAUGCCUUACUCUCCACUUUUAAAGCUUCUCUCUUGAUAAACUAGGGAAAAAAAAAAACAAAGAACAAAAAUAAAAAGAUUUGAGAAAAAAAAAAAGAUGGGGCUUCUUGAUCAGCUUUGGGAUGAUGUUGUGGCCGGGCCUCAGCCCGAACGUGGCCUCAAACACCUCAAGAAAGGCUACACCAACAACUUGAACAUCAAAGAUAUUGGAGAGGGUAGAAGCGGGCCAAAGUACGCCAGGUCACUGUCCAUGCCGGCGAGUCCCGGGACGCCGGCGACGCCGGGAACGCCGUCGCCGACGGCGGCCAACGUGUGGCGGAGCGUUUUCAACCCGGGAAGCAACCUGGCCACUAAGAGCAUCGGGUCCGAUUACUUUGACAAGCCACAGCCCAACUCGCCCACUGUUUACGACUGGCUCUACAGUGGAGAAACUCGCAGCAAACAUCGCUGAAGUAGAAAAAGAGUGUUGGGAUCACCGGCAGUUGCAUGUAAAUAGUGUGCUUCAUCUGCUCCGUGUGUGACGACCCGCAAAUUCAGCGAUUUUAAUUUUCUUGUGAUUAAACCUUUUUAUCUGUCUAAUAUUUUCUCGUAAAUUUUCGCAUUUAGGGGCGCUUUUUCUUUUCUUUUCUACCCAAUGAUCUAAUAUGGACGGUGUAGAUCAUCUGUCAUAUGGUCAUUUUAUGGUUUUCUGUGAAAUAACAAAUAAGUGGGUUGUGAAAUAACAUAUGGUCAUUGUAGGAAUCCUUGGUAUAACAAAGAUCUGAUUUUUUUUUUUUUA